GAGUGUGUUGUGUCUGCGUGUGAUGCCUUCUUCUUCUUCCUCCUCCUUCAUCCUCGACCCUCUUCCCUCUGCAAAUCGCUGUUUUCGUCUUUCGCUUUCUCUCUCUAGAAACCCUGAAAUCGAUUUCUCUCUCUAGAACUUCACCCCAUUGCGUGGCGCGUUUGGAUCGAACUCGAAGAAGACCCGUUUGAAUUUCGGAAACUGGUGGUUUGCAUUCCGAGCUGCGGAAAUCCACGGCAGGGUGUCAAAACUCUCUCAGGCUCGGUGAAUUCGAGCUGGUUGGCUGAAAUUGUUGGCGAAUUUCUGUUUUCUCGAGGGAACGAUUGUAAUUGGUGGUUGUUUUGGGGUGGAAUUUGGAAUUUGGAAUUUCGGGUUUUGGAGUUGUUUCUCAUGGGGGAAGGUGAGGGGGGUGAUUGCGCUCCGGCGAAUGUGCCGUCGUCAUCGGAGGAGGCGGCGGCGGGAGGGGUGGUGGCGGCGUUGGAUGCUCCGGCGAAGAAGCUUGCGAGGCAGCUGGAUUUCACCGCCUUGUCGGAGCAAUCGCAAUCGCAGCCGCAGGUGGUGCAGCAGCUGCAGAGUGUGGCGCCGCAGCCGGUGACUGUGUUGCCGUCUCCUCCUCCUCCGCCGCCGCAGGCACCUCUCGCUUCGGUGAGAGUUGGGAAACCAGAAUCUCCGAAAUCAAAACCAAGACCUAACUUUGAAAUAAAAGAAGCUACUCCAAAGAAGCAAAAGCAGUGCAAUUGUAAACACUCUAAAUGCUUAAAACUAUAUUGUGAAUGUUUUGCAUCGGGAAUAUAUUGUGAGGGUUGCAACUGUGUAAAUUGUUUCAACAAUGUUGAAAAUGAAGCUGCUAGACGGGAAGCUGUUGAAGCUACUUUGGAGCGUAAUCCAAAUGCAUUUAGGCCCAAAAUUGCAAGCAGCCCUCAUGGAACACGUGAUAGCAAGGAGGAAGCUGGGGAAGGUUUAAUAUUAGUAAAACAUAACAAGGGGUGCCACUGUAAAAAAUCUGGGUGCCUCAAGAAGUACUGUGAAUGCUUCCAAGCCAAUGUUCUUUGCUCUGAAAAUUGUAAAUGCAUGGACUGCAAGAAUUUUGAGGGAAGUGAAGAGAGACAGGCUUUAUUUCAUGGAGAUCAAAAUAACAAUGUGACAUAUAUUCAGCAAGCGGCAAAUGCUGCCAUAACUGGAGCUAUUGGUGCCUCUGGCUUUUCAUCUCCACCAGUAUCUAAGAAAAGAAAAGGUCAGGAACUCUUCUUUUGGCCUACGGUCAAGGAUCCGUCAAUCGGAAAGUUGGGGCAGCAGGUAAACCAUGUCAAAGGUCCAGCACCCUCCCCAUCCUUGUCACCUGCCCCAGGUGCUCGUGCGGGAACUGCAGCACUAGGUCCUUCAAAAUUUACGUACAGGUCUCUCUUAGCAGACAUUAUACAACCACAGCACCUCAAGGAGCUUUGUUCAGUUCUGGUGCUAGUAUCCGGACAAGCUGCAAAAACACUUGCAGACCAGAAAAAUGCAAUGGAAAAGCAUACAGAAGAUCAGAUGGAAACUUCUCUUGCUUUUUCAACUCAAGAGCAAUUACCUAGUCAGAAGGAAGGUGAUGUUCAGAAGGCCAUGGCUGAUGAUUGUUCGAGUGCGAACCAAACAGAGAAAAUCAGUCCAGAUAAUUCCAGUUCAGAUGGUGCUGAUGUCCCGAAAGGGAGACCAAUGUCUCCUGGGACUUUAGCCUUGAUGUGUGAUGAGCAAGAUACAAUGUUCAUGACAGCUUCCUCCCCCGUUGGGCCAGCUACCCAUGCUUGCAACACAUCUUCACAGUUUCCUUAUGGACAAGGAAUGACAGAGGUCUAUGCUGAGCAAGAAAGGAUUGUAUUAACAAGGUUUAGAGAUUUUCUCAAUAGGGUUAUCACCAUGGGAGAAAUAAAUGAAACAAAGUGUUCGUCAUUGGCUAGAAGUGAACUAGAAAAUCAGAAUGACCCGAGCAGCAAUGGCAUUGGAAAUACCAGUACUGAGAUAGUGCAUCAGCAGGGAGCCACUAGCAAUGGGGUUCCUAAAGCUGUUGUUCCACCCGUGGCCACAACUUCAGCAUCUAUGAUCCCUGAAAAUGUUGUUACUGAGAAUGGGGAAGCAAAGAUGAAGACAGAAAAAGAGAACUAACUUAGGAGGAUUUGCAGAGAUAAAUGACAAGAAUGCCUUAAACUUAAAGGUAUGCUUGAACUUCUCUGUAAUGUAAUAUUAUUAUAAAACGUUGCCGUUCUUCAUUUUCUGUCUUCUCCUCUAUUUAUAAGGUCUGUGAAGCAUUCAGACCCCACCAUUAUCAAUUUUUCCUUUUAUUUAUCAAUUUUCUUUUUCUAGUUUGGCCAUUCAUACAUAUUUAAAUUAAUUUCCAGCUUCAACAUUGCUUUGUAGCGAUGCUUGUAAAUUGCUGAGUUGUAAUUCCAUAAAAUAUAUGCUUCAAUUUUUGCGUUCCAAGAUUUUCAUAGCUUGUAAUUUAGAUUAGUUUUCUUAUUUA